AUGGUGGCAACCUUCAAGAUCGCCGUGCUGGGAGCCCAGGGCGUGGGCAAGAGUGCCAUAGUCCGGCAGUUCCUGUACAACGAGUUCAGCGAGGUGUGCGUGCCCACCACGGCCCGCCGCGUCUACCUGCCCGCCGUGGUCAUGAACGGCCACGUCCACGACCUGCAGAUCAUGGACUUUCCCCCCAUCACCGCCUUCCCUGUCAACACCCUGCAGGAGUGGGCGGACGUGUGUUGCAGGGGGCUCCGGAGCGUCCAUGCCUACAUCCUGGUCUAUGACAUCUGUUGCUUUGACAGCUUCGAGUACAUCAAAACCAUCCGCCAGCAGAUCCUGGAAACAAGGGUCAUCGGCACCUCGGAGACGCCCAUCAUCAUCGUGGGCAACAAGCGGGACCUGCAGCGGGGCCGGGUCAUCCCGCGCUGGAACGUCUCCAACCUGGUGAAGAAGACGUGGAAGUGCGGCUACAUCGAGUGCUCGGCCAAGUACAACUGGCACAUCCUGCUGCUCUUCAGCGAGCUCCUCAAGAGCGUGGGCUGUGCCCGCUGCAAGCACGUCCACACCACCAUCCGCUUCCAGGGCGCGCUGCGCAGGAACCGCUGCACCAUCAUGUGAGAUGUGAGCCCCCCCUGCCCCCGGGGACCCCCGGCUCCGCUCCCCGGAGCUGCGCUGGAGGCACCUCUGUGUCCCCUGCGGUGACAUCUGGGGAGGGGGCGCCCUGGGCAGGGCGGUGCAG